GCCGGCGGAAGUGGGCGGUUCGUCGGUGCCUUGUUCUGUUGUUUGGGGUUUGGGCUCCUGGAGGGGCGUUCUCGGGAGGGCCGCCGGUGCAGGCCGCGCUGACACAGGGCCGCUUCGCCCCCGGGGCUCCGUGCGCUCGCGCUCUCCCCGUCCCGCAGGGUCCCCAACAUGGCGCAGGAGGUGUCCGAGUACCUGAGCCAAAACCCGCGGGUAGCCGCCUGGGUGGAGACGCUGCGCUGCGAGGGCGAGACGGACAAACACUGGCGCCACCGCCGGGAGUUUCUGCUUCGCAAUGCCGGGGACCUGGUCCCCGCCACCGACGAGACUGCGGACGCGGAGAGCGGAGCCCGCACUCGGCAGCUCCAGCAGCUCGUCUCCUUCUCCAUGGCCUGGGCGAACCAUGUCUUCCUAGGGUGCCGGUACCCUCAAAAAGUUAUGGAUAAAAUUCUUAGUAUGGCUGAAGGCAUCAAAGUGACAGAUGCUCCAAUCCAUACCACACGAGACGAACUGGUUGCCAAGGUGAAGAAAAGAGGGAUAUCAAGUAGCAAUGAAGGGGUAGAGGAACCAUCCAAAAAACGAGCCGUAGAAGGAAAAAACAAUUCUUCAGUUGAGCGAGAUCAUGGGAAAAAAUCUGCCAAAACAGAUCGUUCAGCAGCUCAGCAAGAAAACAGUUCACCGUCCAGGGGGUCGUCCACCAAGUCCGAGAGUGGUGGGACCUCAGCUCGGAGCAGCUCCAGUGGCUCCCAUCAGGAUAGCUCCACAAGUGAAGGAGACAGAUCUGUGUGCAGCCAGAGCAGCAGCAAUUCCUCUCAGGUAACCGCAGGGUCUGGAAAGGCUUCGGAGUCAGAAGCUCCAGAUAAACGUGGUUCAGCGUCACUUGUUUCUUCCCUGUUGAAGUCUAGUAUGAAUAGUCAUAUGACCCAGUCCACUGAUAACAGACAGCAGAGUGGAUCACCUAAAAAGGGUGCUCUGGAAGGUUCUUCAGGCUCAGCCUCUCAGAGCAGCUCAGAGAUGGAGGUGCCCUUGUUGGGCUCCUCUGGAAGUGCAGAAGUAGAGUUGCCGCUACUGUCUUGUAAGUCUAGUUCAGAGACAGCUUCAAGUGGGUUAGCAUCUAAAACUAGUUCAGAGGCAAAUAUUUCAUCAUCAGUUUCAAAAAACAACUCCUCAUCAGGCAGCUCUUUACUGACCCCCAAGAGCAGUUCCACAAAUCCAUCACUGCUGACAUCAUCCAAAAGCACGGCUCAGGUAGCUGCAUCACUGUUAGCGUCCAAAAGCAGCACUUCGUUAGGAAGCGUGUCUCAGCUGGCUUCCAAGAGUGGGUCUCAGAGUAGCACUUCACAGUUGCCUUCGAAAAGCACCUCCCAGGCCAGUGAGAGUUCUGUUAAGUUUGCUUAUCGGAAGUUAACCAACGAAGACAUAAAACAGAAGCAGCCUUUCUUCAAUAGACUGUAUAAGACGGUGGCCUGGAAGUUAGUAGCAGUUGGUGGCUUCAGCCCCACUGUGAAUCAUGGAGAGCUGCUGAACGCAGCUAUUGAGGCUCUGAAAGCAACACUGGAUGUGUUUUUUGUCCCACUGAAAGAACUGGCAGAUCUGCCUCAAAAUAAGAGCUCUCAAGAAAGUAUUGUCUGUGAAUUGAGGUGUAAGUCGGUGUAUUUGGGCACUGGCUGUGGAAAAAGCAAAGAAAAUGCAAAAGCAGUUGCAUCGAGAGAAGCACUUAAGUUAUUUCUCAAGAAGAAGGUGGUGGUGAAGAUCUGUAAAAGGAAGUACAGAGGUAACGAGAUUGAGGAUCUAGUACUCCUUGAUGAAGAAGCAAGACCCAUAAACUUACCUCCAGCACUGAAACAUCCUCAAGAAUUACUGUAACUUCUCUAAGUAGUCACUGAAUCCAGUAUCUGGUGUUUGAAGAGAAAAACUGGCUUUUAUAUAAAACACUGGCUUUCACAGAUUUUAUAUUGCUUUUUUCCAGUUUUGCAGAAAAUUUAAAUUCUAGUUCUCUUCACUAAAGUAGAGCUGUAAAUAAUUUAUGACAGUGCAUAUUAAAGGGUGUACAUUGACAGCAUACCAGCGUGCUGUUUUAUUUGCUGAAGAAAAUACUGUCUUCUAUUUUUAAUGAUAUAUUAGGUACGAUGUGUAGUUCUGUAGAAUCUUAAAAUUUUUUGUACUACUACCAACUUGGUAGAAAUGUAUUAAGUUGUCUACCAUGCCUUUUUUUUUUUCCUAACUUGAUUGAAUCACAUAAAAGGGGGACCACAGUAUUUGAAUGUGUGAAACUAUACAACCUAAGGUUUAAAAAUGUUGCUCAUGAUGCUGAACAGCUCUUAAAGAACAAGAGGAGUUGUCUCAAACUAUUUUCAUGAAAAGCUGUAAACUUUUUUUUUUAGAUAUAAAGCAGUAUAAAGUACUUAUUGUUAUUUUAUUCUGAAGUUGUUUAAAAUUCACCAUAAUUUUGAUGGCUGCAGAUUCUUAAGCAGGUUAAUUUAUGUUUUGAGGUAAAUUUCAAUUUACACUUUCCUAAGACAUAAUGUUGGUUUCUAUAGGAAGCAUAUUUUGUGACUACUAUGAACAGACUGAUUUGUUUAGAUAUUAAAUGCUUUAAGCUAU